CACAAAUCCGGAGCGGCCGUGGACAGCUGAAACGCGCGCGCUCCUCAACUCCUCCGGUUGUGUUCAGAGACAUACCCACCUCAAGUUCCAAUGACGCACCUGCCGCCCCUUUAAUGCCGCAACAACAGCCCAUCCCAGAUUCGUGGAUAUUCGAUAUCUAUGAGGACACUGUGGAAGAAACGCUCCAAAACCUAGUGGAGUUCUCCACUCACACACUCGACAUCUCUGAUAACGAGGAGACGUCCGGCGAGUUGGACCUCGGGAAAGAAAACAUCCCUCCAUCAAGGCUCGCCGAAAUCCUGUCCACACCACGCGAGAACCGAAUGUCUGUCGACGCUCCAGUCAAGUGCAUCCCGCAGCGACAAACGCCGGCGAUCGGGCCGGGAGGGCGAGCACCCCGCGUGCGCAGAGAGCCACUGAGAGAAAUGAAGGAGGAGGAGCUAGUUCAACCCGGAAAGAAGACGGCGCAAGACGAAGACAUGAUUAAGAAAGUGAUGAACGGAAAGGAGGAGAUGCAAAGCGAUAAAAUAACGACUACUAUCACGAUGACGAAACUACCCACGCUAUCCAACGACUCAUUCAUAACCUUCUCCACCCCCAAAAAGAUCAAGAGGAAGCCACUGCUCCGCACGACACCCAGUCCUGGCUGGAAGAUAUGGGAAAGCGAUCAUGAUGAUGAUGCUAAUGAUGAUAACGAGAACUUACCACCGCUACCACCAGCCACCAAGGGCGAUUUGGAGAUGCCCCUGCUGGCGGGUACGCGUAGGAAACGGGCUCUGGGGGAAUGAUGGCCCCCCUAGCAAAGCACACCUCUCUUUCUCUCUUUCUUUUUUAUAGCUUGGCGGCCAUGUUUAUUCGUAAUCCUUGUACCCUCUUUUGUGUAGGCAUGUACUCGAUAUUUUUUUCCUUCUUCCCUUCCGGGGUAUUCCUGUUUUACGUCGGCAAUCAUCCUGGGUAAACUUACCUACGUACCCGGCCAAGACGAAAUGGGGUUAAAAAAAGUCUCUUCCUAUCUAUCUUUCUAUCUAUCUAUCUAUCUAUAGUUCUGUGUCUGCUCGGAGUAUCGUUGCUAGCUGGCUGUGUGGGAAUGGGGAUGGUGGGGGCGCUUUGGCGUGUCUGAUAGGUUAGCCUCUUGUUUUCAUCAUUUCUGUCUGUACUGUACCUGUAUGUUUGGUCGGUCUUCUUAGCAAGCGUUUUUUCUUUUUUUUUUCUUUCCACUUUUGUAAGGCAUAUUAUAUGUAUUUAUGGACUUGACGGGGUUACACGAUGGGGAAUUGGGUUAGCGAGCUGAAUAUCGAUGUCUGUCACGCGAAUGCGUGUGUCG